AUGCCACCUCGAUUAAGCACCUUGGACUGGGUGAACAAGGUGGAUGGCUUCCCCAUUCUCGACAAAGAACCCCUGCGGCACACCGAGGAGAUGAAGCGGCUUUACACCAUGGUCUGGAAAGAUACACAAGGGAUAUUCCCCAUUGGCUAUGUACCGCUCUCGGUUCUCGAGGCCCUCGAGGCUACGCCUGAAAACAUUCGUGGCCCGAUGGAAGUCGACCACGAGGCGCGGACCAUCCUGCUCUUCCAGGAACCGACCACGGAAGCCGAACGCACCCAGCUCGUGGGCCGACUGACGGCACACUGGCGCCAAAACCAGACGUUCCGUAUGCUCAAGGGCUGGCGUGAUGAGUUGUGGCCCGUGUAUGGGCGCAACGGGGAGUUGUUGUACAGCAUCGAACGUGUGGCAAUGGGGUUGUUCGGCAAUGCGCGUUUUGGAGUGCACAUGGUGGCUUUUGUCCGUAACAACGGCGAUGAUGGUGCAAAAAGCCAGUAUGACUUGCGGAUUUGGGUCCCUAAGCGCUCAGCCACCAAGACAUCUUACCCAGGCAUGUUAGACAACACGGCUGCAGGAGGGCUCAUGACAGACGAAGAUCCGCUGGAAUGCAUCAUGCGCGAGGCCGACGAAGAGGCGUCACUCCCCGAGGCUUACAUGCGUCAGCACAUCAAGCAGGUCGGCACCAUCACAUACAUCUACAUCACCGAUGAGCGCGCGGGCGGCGAACCGGGAUGGAUUUAUCCAGAAUGCCAGUGGCUUUACGACCUGGAGUUACCCGCAGACGAAAGCAUCACGCCGCGACCCAAGGACGGCGAGGUUGAGAGCUUUAGUCUGCGGACCGUGGAGGAGGUUCAGGAGCAACUGGCGCAGGGAAUGUGGAAACCCAACUGCGCCCUUGUCAUGCUCGAGUUCUUCGCCCGUCACGGCAUCCUAACUCCAGAAAAUGACCCGCACUACGCCGAGCUCAAUGCGAGGGCGCACCGUUUCAUCCCUUUCCCCGGUCCACACUGGCCGGACUGGGAACAUGUGACCCCGCCCCAGAGAAAAUCUUAA